AAGUUGGAAAAAGAAAAAAAUGAUUUAUCAAUAAAAAAUGUGGAAUUGAAAACUCAAUUAGUUGAAGUUUAUAAAAAAAUUGGAGAAAAAAUUGUAAGAUUUUUAAAGCUGGAUAAACUAGGGCUGAACGUAAUGAAAAAGAUUUUGCUCGGCCGCAGUCCGCAAUUUUAAUUUUGAAAUCCGCAUUCUGCAAGUUUUCACAGAUUCCCAUCAAUCACAAAUCAAGUCAGUCUUUUCCUUAAAUUUCUCUAAAAUUCACAGUUGCGUCCACAAAAAUUCACAGUUGCGUCCACAGUCUGCGUUCAGCCCUGAUAGGGACGCUGACUUUCACCUUCUAUUUUAAUAGAUCUUUUGAACCCCCGCCUAGUAAGCGUUUUAAAUGCUAACCACAAUUACCUAGAUUUUUCUCUUCUUUAAAAUAUGUAAAUUUUUUUCAGACAUUUAUGAAAAGACCAAAUGAAUUCUGCACAAUUAAAAUUUAUUCGUGUUGCAACAAUAAUUGUAUUAAUUCUAAUUUAUCUGAUGGAAUAUGUAUUAAUGGGAAUGGAUACAUUAAUGUUCAUAAAAACGAAAUAACAUAUAAUAACUCUUUGACUGGGGGCGAAAAUAAAUGGAUUUUUAUUCACUCCCGUCAUCCUUUUGCAAAAACUUCUGGCUUCAGCAACAACUAUUCUUUAUUUUAUUUUGAAGUGACAAUUUAUAAUGAAGGAAAUGAUUCGUAA